CAAAGGAUCAGGAAACCGCUGUCAUUCUGUCCAACCAUGGAGGUGAGGCAGCGUCUCUCUGCAUGUGCUCUGCUGCUUCUUUGUAUGACACUGAGUACAAAUGGAGGAAACAUCUUGGUGUGGUACACUGAAGCCAGCCACUGGAUCAACAUGAAGCCUGUGCUGGACACGCUGGUCGACAGAGGACACCAGGUGACGGUGCUGGUCCCCAGUGCCUCACUGUUCAUGAAAACCAAUGAAACCUCUCGCUUUCGCUAUGAACCCUUCGAUGUGUCCUUCACAAAAGAAGAUAUGGAGGGGUUUGUUAAAGAGUUCCUUCAGUUUUCUAUGUACGAGAUGCAUCAAAUGAACUACGUGCAGCUUUACAUCAGAUUCAUCGAUAUAUUAACAACAAACCUAAACUAUACUCUGAUGUAUCUGGAGGGUGUGCUGAAAUCAGACACCACGAUGAGGAAGCUGAAGGAUGGAAAGUACGACCUCCUCCUGGCUGAUCCCGUCUACGCUGGCAGCGACCUAACAGCAGAGAUUUUGGGAAUCCCCCUGGUUUUCACCCUGCGAUUUUCCAUGGCCCAUACCUGGGAGAGAUACUGUGGUCAGCUACCUACUCCACCUUCCUACGUCCCUGCUGCCAUGAGCAAACUGACAGACAGGAUGAGCUUCUCAGAGAGACUGUGGAACGUUGUCUUCUACGCAGUGCAAGAUAUAGUGUUCGAAAACAUUUUUUGGAAAAGGUUAGAUAAAUAUUACUCUGAGAUCAAAGGUGACCACUGGAUCAACAUGAAGCCUGUGCUGGACACACUGGUCGACAGAGGACACCAGGUGACGGUGCUGGUCCCCAGUGCCUCACUGUUCAUGAAAACCAAUGAAACCUCUCGCUUUCGCUACGAACCCUUCGAUGUGUCCUUCACAAAAGAAGAUAUGGAGGGGUUUGUUAAAGAGUUCCUUCAGUUUUCUAUGUACGAGAUGCAUCAAAUGAACUACGUGCAGCUUUACAUCAGAUUCAUCGAUAUAUUAACAACAAACCUAAACUAUACUCUAAUGUAUCUGGACGGUGUGCUGAAAUCAGACACCAUGAUGAGGAAGCUGAAGGAUGGAAAGUACGACCUCCUCCUGGCUGAUCCCGUCUACGCUGGCAGCGACCUAACAGCAGAGAUUUUGGGAAUCCCCCUGGUUUUCACCCUGCGAUUUUCCAUGGCCCAUACCUGGGAGAGAUACUGUGGUCAGCUACCUACUCCACCUUCCUACGUCCCUGCUGCCAUGAGCAAACUGACAGACAGGAUGAGCUUCUCAGAGAGACUGUGGAACGUUGUCUUCUACGCAGUGCAAGAUAUAGUGUUCGAAAACAUUUUUUGGAAAAGGUUAGAUAAAUAUUACUCUGAGAUCAAAGGAAAACCCACCAGCGCCUGUAAGACAAUGAGCAGAGCAGACAUCUGGUUGAUGAGAACUUACUGGGACUUUGAUUUCCCUCGUCCUUUGCUCCCCAACUUCAAAUUUGUUGGUGGGAUCCACUGCAGACCUGCUAAACCUUUACCAGACGACAUGGAAGAGUUUGUACAGAGUUCAGGACAUAACGGUGUCGUGGUCUUCACUCUGGGAUCCAUAAUCAAGAAUAUCACAAUAGAAAAGGCAAACCUGAUCGCUUCAGGCCUGGCUCAGAUCCCACAAAAGGUUCUAUGGAGAUACAGUGGAGAAAAACCAGAGACUCUGGGUGCAAACACCAAAUUAUAUGACUGGAUCCCUCAGAAUGAUUUACUAGGUCACCCCAAGACCAGAGCCUUCAUUACGCACGGCGGUGCAAAUGGGGUUUAUGAAGCCAUCUACCACGGUGUUCCCAUGGUGGGCAUCCCCAUGUUUGCUGACCAGCCAGGAAAUAUAGUCCACAUGAAGACUAAAGGUGCUGCAGUUAUGGUGGACGUAAACUCUAUGAAGGCUGAGGAUCUUAGAGAUGCACUCAAUGCUGUCAUCAAUGAUAAAUCGUACAAGGAAAAUGCCAUGCGUCUGUCCAGCAUCCACCACGACAGACCAAUGACUCCUCUGGAAGAGGCAGUGUUCUGGAUAGAGUUCACUCUAAGAAACAAAGGGGCUAAACACUUGAGGGUCCAGGCCCAUCAGCUCACCUGGUACCAGUAUCACAGCCUGGAUGUCCUGGUGUUCCUCCUCACUGUGGUCCUGCUGCUCAUAGUCCUCUUGGUGAAGACCUGCACAUUCUGCCUGAGGAGGUGCUGUGGCAGAACAGGAAAGAAAAAGACUGAGUAAUGGGGU